GGGCAGGGGCAGUUCCGUCCGACGCGCCGCAGGAAGCCCCCGGGGUGCAACUAACGCGGGGGGCGGUUUGGUCAUUCCCCCUCAGGCUCCCCCUCCCCACUACGCAGCAGCAGGCCAGCAGGCAGCAGCGUAGUACGGCCUUUUUCUAGUUCCGUGUGCGGCUGUGCGCUCGCGCUUUUCUUCUCCUUCGUUCCACCGCGUGAAAGCUUCCAGAAACAAGGGAACCGGAGAGGCGGAGACCAAGGAAAGGAGCCGAGUCGCUUCAAAUGCUCUGAUCUCCGGCCGAGGGCUCUCCUCCCGGUCGAUCCUCCCUCCCUCCCUCCCUCCCUCCCUCCAUGGCGCGCGUCCUCCCGCUCAGCAUCGAGGCGGGGGAGAUGGCCAGAAGCGAAGAGGCAGUGACGGACAUGCCAAGGUCUUCAGCAGGGGCAUCAUGCACAGCAAUUGACCAUUCUGAGCAGAACACAAAGGAUGAUGAAUAUGAGAGGCUGGUUAUACGGGCUCAACAUGAAACAUCUGGCACGGCAAUUUUAUCUGAGCAAACAAAGUCAAGAUCCUUCAUUUGGUGGAUGAAAGUUCUGCUUGGCUGCUUCCUUCUUAUAUUAGUGGGUUAUGUCUUCGUGAAAUGGGGAGUCCCCUUUGCCUUUGAGAAGGUUCUCGUGCCAAUCAUGCAAUGGGAAGCAAGUGCUUUUGGGCGUCCAGUAUUAGCUGUUGUUCUUGUUGCAUCUUUGGCUCUCUUUCCAGUUAUUCUAGUUCCUUCUGGACCUUCUAUGUGGUUAGCAGGAAUGAUCUUUGGAUAUGGUUGGGGUUUCUUGAUUAUAAUGGUCGGGACUACUAUUGGCAUGGUGGUACCAUACUGGAUUGGCUCAUUAUUCCGUGAACGUCUGCAUGUAUGGUUAGCAAAGUGGCCUCAGCAGAUAGCAUUAAUAAAACUUGCAGGUGAAGGGAAUUGGUUCCAGCAGUUUCGGGUUGUUGCGCUUUUCAGAAUCUCGCCAUUCCCAUAUACAAUUUUUAAUUAUGCCGUAACUGUGACUGAAAUUAAGUUCAACCCUUAUCUCUGUGGUUCUGUUGCUGGAAUGAUACCUGAGGCCUUCAUCUAUAUUUACAGUGGGCGUUUAAUACGGACAUUGGCUGACAUGAAGUACGGCAACUAUAAAAUGACACCAGUGGAAAUAGCAUACAACGCCAUUUCCUUGGUUAUCGCCAUCGUCCUCACAGUCGCCUUCACGGUGUAUGCCAAGAGAGCUCUGAAUGACAUUGAAAGUUCGGACGGUAUCACUAAAGAAGAUCACAGCCCAAAUGGCUCAGGGGCGCGUGUGAGUCAUCGUCAGGAGCGCGCCGAUGCGCGUUCCAUACAACUAGAUGUUGUAUGAUGGUGUGUUGACCGGGAGGUUGCUUGGAAUUGGAAGGAGGCUGGUAGGUCGGCAGGUGCAGCCCAGGUAGCUAGCUAUAGGUUACAAGAGGAGGUUAAAAAAAAACAAUAACACACACCCAGCUGACGUGGGUGGUCUGAUUCAUUUCGUGUGCUUUGCCUGCACGGCCAUACUGAAUCUGAAGUCACUGACCGAGCGAUGCUGCUCUCAGCGAUGUUUUUGUUACCGUUAUGCUGUUAGUGAUGGAUCCAUUGAACUUUACGUAGAGUGAGAAGCACCGGCUUGCAACGAGCUACCACAGCGGGCGGACAUUCGAAGCAGAACCAAAUCAAUCUUGUCCUUGAUCUGAAACUUACACUAGAGCUUCAUGUUUGUUGAAGCAUACUACAUUGGAGUAGUACAUUUUGUACAUAAUAACAUAGCUGCUGAUAUAGUUAGCAUUAUGAUCUAAGUUCGAACAGGAACCUCAUGAGGUCCGUUGAGCGAUGUUUGGCACAGUAUUUGGGAGCUUGAAUCUGUGUGUGUAUAUGCAGAACAAAACUUUCCCCAA